UGGUUGAUAUUCUUUAUGACAUGAAUACCUCUGGUUGGAAGGUAGACACCGGCCACAAGUCGGGUUAUCUAUCAUUCAUUGACAAAGAGAUAGCCAAGAAGUUGCCUAAUUCGGCUAUUAAAGCUGAUCCACAUAUCAAGUCCAAAGUAAAGGUUAUGAAGAAACAUCUUAUGUAUAUUCUGGAGAUCCAACAAAAUGGAAGCGGUUUUGGUUGGGAUGAUGAGCAUAAGAUGGUGACGGGAUCCAGAGACAUAUUUAUGGGGUGGGCAAAGAGUCGAGAUGGAGCAUCAUCCUUGUGGAUGAAACCUAUGAUACACUAUGAUAAGCUUGUGGAGAUUUAUGCUAAUGACUUGGCUAAUGGAUCUAAAGUUAAGGGUCCAGGUGAUGAGUUCGAGAUAAAUGAAGACCAAUCAACUAAGAAUGGAGGUGAAGAUGGUAAUCAUGUCAUAGAUGAAUCUGGUUGUCAUUCUCAAGCUAACACUACCCCAAGCUCUUCUAGACAAUCUUUGAAAAGAAAAGCUCCUGAAAAUGAUCCACUUGAGGCAGAGUUCAUUCAAAUUUCUAAAUCAAUCUCAAGUUUAUUAGAAGCGGAAAAGGAGAGUGCAUUGGCUAUGAAUGAGAUUAAAAAGGCAUUUACACAUGAGGUUGAUGUUCAUGAGAAAAUUAGUGGUAAUAGAAAGGAAUUGUUCCAAAUAUUGUGUGCACUCCCUGGACUAACCCCGGAACAAGUUGUUAAGGCUACACGUCUCAUCGGCCAAGAUACCGCCAAGAUGGAUUUAUUUUUUCCUAUGCCAGAUGACUACAAGGUGAUUUUUGUUCGACAAAAAAUUGAUGGAUCACAUUAGUUGGAUCUCAAACUUUAUUUUGGAGAAGAUAGGAAAUAUCCAAUUAGCUACCCCGUAAUUUAUACUGAACCCACCUUCUCAUAGGUGUUGAUUUAUGUGUUGUAGCCUUUUGUCUUACUGAUCGAACUAAUCUUCCCAGGUAGGUGUACAUGUAGGAAAUUGAUGUGGGGUUAUACUUAAUCUUCAUUUUGUGUUUGCUGAAACUGAUGUAGCCCCUUCUCAAUAGGUGUUGGAGUUGAUGUAGGAAACUGAUGUAGGAAAAUUGAUCAAGUAAAAUGUAUUCAAUGAC